AUACCGCGAUCUCCGCGCGUCGACGAUGAUCUCACGGCUGCGUUUACGUAAGAUCGUAAUUCGGUUCGCGGAACGAUGGGUGGUUUAUCGCCGUUCGGCCGGCUGGAAAUCGUACAGGGUGAUUCCGAAGCGAGUCCGGCGCGCCUCGAUCGCGGCUAACAGGUUGUCGCAACCGAGCCGGCGGAAUUUCGUUGCGCGCGACCGACGCUUCGUUCUCGAUCUUAUAUUAAGAACGAUCUUGGGCCGCGUUUGUGUGACAUUCUUCUCGAAUCACCCUGUAUAGAACAUCGGGGAAGGCUAAAGUUCGAAGCAAAGACAACUGUCCCAACCCUAGCGCGCUAUUUAUAAUUUUGUACGAAAUGCUCGCACGCGAAUGCGAAUUGCAACAUCGUAUGUAGGUUGACGAAUACUAUCGUACCGCGUGCGCGCGAUAGCGAGGGCGAUCUUUGGUCCGAAUUAUGGCUUCGUCCUCGAAGCGUCCGUUUCGUCGGCCACGACGGAGAAGAACUGACCUGGUCUUCUGCUUCGGCGUUGCUUCGACGCGUUCGAGAAAAUACAUUUCUGUUCGAAUCGCGCGUCUCGACGCGACGUUCCAAACAACGGUAACGUUCGUAACGCGAUAGAAAAAUGCAUCGAAAUCCGAGGUGCACCGGGCGUGCGGCGCUCCGAAAUCGCGAGCCCAAACAUCGUCGAUCGAUGGUUUCGCGGUCGAACGAUCCAUGCUCGAUCGAUGGCGUCGACGGCGCGAAUCCUCGAAGCACGGUGUUAUCGAGAAAAGGGUACACCGUACACGCGGCUCCGACGCGGUUGACAAAUGUCGGAGCGGAAUCUACUUAAGCCCCGAACACACCUUACCGCGCGAAUCGUCCUACGCGCGUACCUGUUUUCGUUGGCCCUUUGCCACGCAGCAGCAGCAGCGACAACGGUGACACGAAGUCGGCCAGCAUCUGUAAGUCGCGAGAUGGCUGGCGAGAAGCUAGCACGAGCUGGUCGGCUGGUAAUCGCUCGUCUUAACAUUUAAACAAACUCUCGCGCGCGCACGCGUUUCGCGCUUCUCGGUUAUAUUUGGCAGAGUCGUACGCUAACGCGAUAAACAGGCGCGAACGCGGUUUGGGAACACGCGUAUCGCGUCUCCUUCCUCGUCUCUUUCCUCUUCUGGGUUUUUUUUUAUUUCCGUUCGGAAAAUCUUUCGGACAGGUUUAAACCGAUCGUUGGACUUUGAUUUUCGAGUCGCGACGCGUCGCAGAACAAGCUUGGUAUCGAACGAUUUGCUUCGAUAAGAUUCAAUUAGCUCCGUAUCUUCGCACUUUCGUUCGAUCGCGUCGGUAGAGCUCGAGAAACCUUACCUUCGCCAACGUUGCUCGUUUUACAAAAAAAAAAGCCUACGAACCAGCAGCCCACCGACGAAACCCAUCGUCGACGUAACGAAAACACGCUCGGCUAGGACCUAUUUUAAGUCUAAGGUCCAACGAAUCGGCCCGAAACUGCUCGGUAUCUACCCCUCGAGGGAACAAGCGUGUCGUAACAUCCCGGCGCGCGUCUCCAAACGGUCGAACGAAUCCAAUCGAGCGGGAACUAACCUUUCCCAAAGCGUUUCAGCGUCGACGAAAGCGGAACGAAGCGCGUCUCGAGCGUUUCGCGUUGCAGAGAAAGAUCGUUCCUUUAUCGAAGCUGAAAGAAUGCAUCUUCUUAUUCGACAGAGAUCGAAUUGUACCGACAAAUGGAUCGUCGGCUUCGCGAAUAUCUUUCGUCGGUGUCCUCCGGUGGCCUGGAAAAAAGGAACCGCUUCGCAACCACAACCUCGUUGUCACGGCCUCGAUGGUCGUGCAGGAGGUCGGUGACCACCUGCAUCGUGCCAGAUACAAUUACGUCUAUUCUCUUUCUAUUCGCCUGGAGUAUCGGUUGGAACGCUUCCGGUAGUCCACCGACGCGGCAGGUCCCCGAUAAAGGAUCGGCUCGCGGUCGCCCACCUCCCUGCGACGUCGUCGCCGACCUUACCUACUUCUUCGAUGGUCGUUCUCGAGGCCAGUGACCACCGUCGUUGGGACGGUGCGGUCGCGGCGCGUUCUCUUAAUUGACACCAAUUCGAGACUAACCCAUUGACACUCUCGAGCGAACGCGAACGUCAUAGGUAAUCUGGACGCUUGCUCCAACGCCGGGCAUGUGGCAUUAAUCUCUCUAUUACCGCGUCGAGGGAUAACGAGACGGAAAGCUAGGCGGUAGCUAGGCGAUUCUUCCGAGAGCGACGCGCUCCUCGACCUCGCGACGGUCUGCUAGACGCUGCUGCUGCCCGCCGGUGACCUUGGGUCCGUUCGAGGUUGCCGGGCCGCUGCACCGUUUGGCCAGAUGCUCUCCUCGCCGCGAACGAUUUUAUAUCGGAACUCGCGCGGUAAUACGAUCCAGGUUCCCGCGCGAUCGGUCCUCUUUCGUCAGAAUCGGAUUCGAAUCGCGCAUCCUCGGCGUCGGAGAGCAGCGACACGCGAUCCUCCUCCGAGCUCGCUCGCUCGCGCGGCCAGGAAAUUUUGGCGGUGCCCCGUGGGCGAGCGGAUCGCGAACUACGCCGUUAUUUUCUAGACGACGCGGUAUUUAUACCCGAUUCUCGAAUUUGUGAGAAUCGUGCGGAGACGAUAUCGGCGAAUAAGCGCGACCUUGGGCCGGCCGCGGUUUAUUAAUAGUACGGGGGUCCUCGGACAUCGGUGCGCCGACCAUGUUCCCGUCGUUUCCGAACGAAUCUCUUCCGGUCGCCCAGGAUCUACGAUCUUUCGUAGAGCGUUCCGACACGCGGCGCCUCUUUCUCGAGCUAACGAGCGAAAAUCCUGCCCCCGUGGCGCGGGCGACGAGGUGUCGUUCACCUUUCGACGCCUCCUUUUUAUCGACGAAAAGAAGCCGUACUCUGGAGUCCGGACGAAAUACCGAACGCGACCAGCGUCUCGCUAGCACCGACGACCGACCGCGGAUGGAAUCGACGGAUCGUCGAGAUCCAAAGUCCCGGUGGUCCCCCCGCUUCGCCGCGAAAUGGUGCAACAUCCUCGACCGUCGCUGCGUCGAACUCCGAUCGCGUUUAGAUAUCGGCGCGUUCUAAUUAUGCGAUAUGCCUCCGUCACCGUCGGAUCGGAAUCUCGUCGCGGGUACCGCACACCACCGAACUCUCGUUGCUCUCGUUCGUCCGAUGGCCGGCGAACCGGCGAUUUCGUAAUUUCUAUAUGUGUCAAGGUGUGCGGGACCAGCGAGAACGCGUGGCGCGCGAACGCCGAGCGCCCUCGGCGGAGGCACCCCGGGGAGCGGAACCGCGGGUGCGCGAACCGUUUCCUCGGGACGAGCUUGCUCGUCGAACUGCGUUCCGUCUUCCGGAUCGGUCUCCGGUCUCCGUGCACCAGGAAACGCAGCGUUGCCAAGCAUCGGUUCCUCCGACCGAGCCGAACUUCGCCGCGCUCUCCGAGCAAGCGAGGGACAAAUUUACGUAAUACCGGCUCCCUCGGUCCGGUCUUUCUUCUUCUCUUUUCUCUCGAUCUCGUCUCCGACCCCUCGCCUCCUGGCUUCUUCCUCCGCUCAGCGUUGCUGAUCGCGAAGCUCUCUCGGCACCGGGGAGAGGCAGAGGGAGUGAAAGAGUGAGAGAGAGAGAGGAGAACGUCGGUCCGAGCUGCUCGCUGUUCGCUCUGCUCGCUGCUCGCCACCGCUGCUCGGUAUUUUUAGUGCGACGAGAGUAUUUGGCGGGGCGCACCGACGUGUUUCGCCUUCUCCUCUCGUCGCCGCUUCGUGAACGGUCGACGUCGGCCGUCGUCUCCGUGACCGCCGUUGUGGUCGUAGUUUAGUGCCUCCGGUGGCGUCGUCCCUCUUGCGCGAUCGACAUGCUCGCACCUCCGUGGCGGUGAUUAUGCGACCAGCGGCAACACUUUGUCACGCCGCGCGACUCGCUGGAUUUACACGCUUCGCAGCCCUCUUCUCUCCGUCUCCGUCUCCGUUCGCCGUCUCUCCCGAUCCGCGGCAACCCCGGACGAUCCGUCGGCAGCCGGAGACCACGUUCUCGCCGGAGGAUCCGGCGGGCCGACCUUGAGCUUCUCGGGGGACGAGGCGCUCCGCGCUCGGCUCGGACUACCACCGGUUUCAGCGGCCAGUCGCGAACGAACGAAAAACUAAACGGGGAUCGAGAAAGGUAGCCGCGCGUGCUGAAAAACCAACGGCUAUUUCGGUGGGACCGUUCGAGAGACGUUCCCGACCGACGGCUUUUUCGCACUCUCGCGCGCUCUCGACGGAUGUAGCUCCCGCGGCCGGGUCCCUCCGAAGACUCCGCCGAACCGAACCGCAGCACGCGUCGAAAGGAUUCGAGCCAAGGGGAUCGACGCCGCGUCCCGAUGUUCAUCUUCGCGUCGCGAGACAACGUCUCGUCGACCCGUCAGGGCUCGGCGAGCCGGCGGAAUCGUUAUGCUCGAUCUUCGACGACCACCAGCGUCACGCAGAUGCUGAGCGAUUCCUGCUCGAGCCUGUUGCAACGGCUGACCACCAGGGUACGCGGCACGUCCACCGUAAACGACAACAACACGGUCGGCAAGUCCGCUGUCAGGAGGUCCCCUAACCCAGCCAUCCUGAACAACGUCAGACACCGUUUGGAGGACGCGGAUUAUCUGACCUACUCGAGGAAGAAGCGGCACGAUUACGGCGACCGCGGCCUCCUGGACUACAGGCGCACCCACGAGCGGGACCACAGCUACGUCCGCAGGGAGGACAGCCCGUUCGCGAGGGACGACAAGACCUUGGAGCCCUCGAUGUCCCGCAGCGUGGUCAAGAGUCCCGUCAGCGUGGUGCUGUCCGAGAAAGCAUAUCCGUACGUCAAGUCCGCCCCCGCGAGAGAGUUCAAGCGCGAGAAGACGCCGGCCUUUCAGCGAACGGACCGCGGCACCCUGUUGAACAGGGUGGAAUCCUAUCGGAGAUACGGGAGGCACAAGUCCGGCCACGCGGAGACCUGGACCCGCAAGGUCAGGCCCUACCGAAACGGGAAGAGCGAGCAACUGGAAUCCAGCUCGACGGCGGCGCAGAGACUGGCUCGGCCGACCAAGGUCGAGUCAUCGACGACCACCGAGCGCAAAAACGCGAGAAACAAGGACGCCCCCGAUCCCGAUCCCGACCCCGACAAGACCCCGACCGGCAACGCGGUCCACGAGGUCGGCGUCGACGCGGUGCUGGCCAUCGACGAGGACGAUCCGGCGAUCUCCGAGAGAGCCGCGAAGCGCAAAGAGAUCCAGAGCCUGAUCCUCAAGUACGCCGCCAUGGAGGAGACCUACACCCAGCUGGCGGCCGGCGGCACCGUCAAAAUGAAGCCCAGCACCACGGACAUUAUCGCCAACAAGUAUUGGAAAACCGGCUAUCGAACCGAGCGAAAAGAUGCGGCCAAAGACGUGGCCAAAGACGCGGCGAAGAACGCGUCGACGAGUGUCGUUAGCGUCGCGGACGCGAUUCAACACGCGAUUAGCCCACGACCGCCCUCCGUCGAGGACGACGAAGACGGCCACCUUGUUUACCAAUCCGGCGACAUCCUGGCAAAUAGAUAUAAAGUACUGGCCACCCUAGGAGAGGGUACUUUUGGAAAAGUUGUCAAGGUUAAGGACUUGCAAAUGGAUCACGUGAUGGCUCUGAAAAUUAUCAAGAACGUAGAGAAGUAUAGGGAAGCCGCGAAGCUCGAAAUAAACGCCUUAGAGAUAAUUGCGACCAAGGAUUCGGAAGGCCAGCAUCUAUGCGUAAAGAUGCUCGACUGGUUCAAGUAUCACGGGCACAUGUGCAUAGCCUUCGAGAUGCUUGGACUUAGUGUAUUUGAUUUCUUGAGAGACAACAGUUAUCAGCCCUAUCCAUUGGAGCAUGUCAGGCACAUCGGUUACCAGCUUUGCUACGCCGUCAAAUUCCUCCACGAUAACAAGCUGACGCACACCGACUUGAAACCGGAGAACAUACUAUUCGUAGACUCCGAUUAUGACAUUAUACACCAGAGCAAACGGCGAAAGAUCAUCAGACGCGUGAAACGCACGGACAUCAGGCUGAUCGAUUUCGGUAGCGCCACGUUCGACCAAGAACAUCACAGCACGAUCGUCAGUACGAGACAUUACAGAGCGCCCGAAGUAAUUUUAGAAUUAGGUUGGUCCCAGCCUUGCGACGUUUGGUCGAUCGGCUGCAUCCUUUUCGAACUGCACCUGGGUAUUACUUUAUUCCAAACGCACGACAACCGCGAGCACUUAGCAAUGAUGGAGCGUAUACUUGGCACGAUUCCACAUCGCAUGGCCCGCAAGACUAAGACCAAGUAUUUCUACCACGGUAAAUUGGAUUGGGAGGAGAAAAGCUCUGCCGGUAGAUACGUUCGUGACAAUUGCAAGCCUUUGCUACGUUGCAUGCCGUCGGACGACGAGGAACACCGGCAGCUGUUCAAUCUUAUCCAAAAGAUGCUGGAGUACGAGCCGUCCCAAAGGAUAGUCCUGAAGGACGCUCUAGCGCAUCCGUUCUUCGAUGCUCUACCAGCACACCAGAGAUUACCGGAUCCCCGUGCAGCUGGGGACUCCCAGCAACCACACGAACGAUCACACUCUCUCUCCCGAUGAAGCUAGGAAAGGGACCGACUUCCCUACUGGACAGACACUCCAUUGACGACGACACUACUGCUUUACGUCACUGUUCCGACAUCGUCGCUAAGCCUGACGAAACUGUAUUUUCCUCCCGAGAAUGUGAUUCGAUGACGUCGGUCGAGAGUCGCACGAUAAUCGUUUGGCAAUCGAGAAAUUGAGAAAAACCGUGCGAAAUUUUUAUGCACGCGAGAGAAAAAUUGUUCGGAUAAUCCGAUUAUCGGUCAUAAAUAUCGAGAAGAAAUUUGUUCGGUCGACGCAACGUGAAAUAAAAGGAAAGCAGUAGUGAAAAUGGUGCUGUGGAACUCGGACUCGAUUGAGAAUACGUUUGUACAACGGAUCGAUCGCUGAUGCAUCAUCGUUCUCGUUUCCGUUGGCAGGCAACCGAAUGAGGGUAGAUAGCUAAAUUACUGACGAGAUCCCUGUGACUGGCGCGAAUCGGCCAGUGUGUCUGCUCAGUGUAGCGUAACAGAGUCCCAAACCGAUUGUGUAAACAUUUUCUAAAGAAAACGCUCCUUCUGUACAUUUUAUUCUUUAAUUUUAUUACGAUGUUAUGAUGCAACAAAGUUUGGCGUAAAAAGAAGGUCACAGUUUAUACUCUUGUUUGUCAUAGAUUGAUGACCACGACGUGUUUAGUAGUAAGAAUCAGAUUAGCGAUAAGCCAAGUAAAUAUACGCGUAUGUGUUGAGAUGAAUAAAGUGACGACGGGAGAGAAAGAGAGAGAGAGAAAGGUCGAGCGAGAGAGAGAGAGAAAGGGAGAGAAUGCAAGUGAAAAAGAGAGGGAGUGCGUGAGAACGAAGUCUUUUGAGGAAGGAACGCCAAUUCAUCGUAGUUGAAGAAGAUCAAGAAGACGGAUAAAUGUUGUAACGGUUUCGGAAAACCGCAAGAUGAGCAUUUUCGAAAAUACCGUUCGAUGUAUGUUCUUUUCCCGCAUCGAGACGAUUCGAAGAGUCGUGCGUCCUUUUUAUUCGGCGCGUAUGUGAAUAUUUUGUUAAAUUGUCUCGCGUUGUUGCGAACAAUCAUGUGUGUUUUAAUGAUUUCAAUCAAGUCUUGCAAAAAUUGAAAGGAAGGUGGAACGAUUUUCAUUACUUUUACCGGGUACCUAUGAUUAAUUUAUCAUUAACGAUGAUAAUUUAUAUGCGUGUACCGCAUAUUUGAUCUUUUCGAAGAAGAAGAAGAAGAAGGAACCUCUGCUUUUCGUUUGUGUAAUCGAGGUGUGAACAACAACAAAAACACGCAUGGAAUCGUGAGGUAAAUAACGAGGCUUCGACGCUCAUGUUUGCCCGUAUUUGCUGUUCAAUUCUUGUACACACGACAUGACCGAAGUUCAAAGGAUAAUCCUGCUGCUCGCAUAAAGAUGGAAAUUAAGUCUUAAGCACCGGAAAAGAAACUGCUGUCUCGAGUAGCAAUAAAAACACAUUUCUUUCAAAUAA